ACGUUAGUGUAUUAGUGUAACCUGUCGUCGCGUCGCUCGUUGUCGAUGACCAGACCAUGAGACCAGUACCGUAGCCGUAGUACCAUACCAGUGAGUGGUGAGUGCAGUCACUCAGUCAGCAGUGCAGUGCAGUGCAGUGCUACGUGCUACGUACUAGUGCGCUAGUUCGCCAUGUUCUGAAAGCACGCGUGUUGCGCGAUCACGAUUCCUCGUACAGUACUAGUUUUUUUUUUUUUUUUUUUUUUUACGUAAUAACACACGGUGCCAGUGUCAGCUGGUCACUGUACCUAUUUUUGUUCAAAAACGCGAUUUUCGUUGAUUUUGUUUUUGUUUUUUUCGCUUCGCUUUUUGGCCAAAUUUCAUAGAUCGUAAAUCGAAGAUUGCGUCGGUAGCGGCACGAGUACUAACUAACGUGUAACGUAAAACGCAAGUGCGCGUAAGACACUAGACAGCACACAGGCAGGCACAACGACGACGUACGAAUAAUUAGUAAUUAUAGUAAUGUAGUACAGUAGUGCACGUUCGCAAACCACCCGCACAGUGCAUCUGCACACGCUACGCUACGCUACGGGACGGUACGAGUAACACGUAACGUAUGGGUACGUCUACGUCGUAUAUUACGUAGCAUCGAGUUUCACGACAUCGUCAGCACAGCACAACACAGCACAGCAGCCCAGAAUUUUCAAUUUCCGAUGAGUACGCCUACGCGUCAUUACAUUCGAAUGGCACAUUCCAACUCGCUCGUGUAUUUCAACAUCGCCAACGUCUCUAAUGAACGAAAAAUACGAUGACUACGUGCGCGACAACUCCGGCGACUAUUACAGCUUUCUCGUGCGCUGAAAUUCCGAUUUGGGUAUGUGGAAAACAGUUGUGGAUAUCGGGAGUAGAUCGUAAAACAACAGUCGACCAAGUCGUGGAAACCUUGCUCGGUCGGUCGGACAAACAGUAUUCGAUCGUCGAAAAAUGGAGACAAGUCGAGAGACCGCUGAGCGGCGACACGCGAAUUCUCAAGCUAUGGAAAACGUGGGGAGAUAGCAAAACCGAAGUGAAAUUGUCGUUGAAGAAAAUUCAAAACCAAAACGAUAUAGACACGAAUACGCGGAGUAUCUCGACGAAAAAGAAGACCCGAUACUAUAAAUCAGCUUGUAGUAAAUACGGUCAGACCAUUCAUCCUAAAAGAUUGGUUCAGCUAUCUAAAAGCCACGGUAUCGAACGUCUGCUCAAACUGAUACUCGUGCAAGGCGAAACUAUCCAAAAUCAAAUUUGCAAACUCAAAGAUCGACAAUUUGAAAUCGAGCAGCUGGAAUGCGAACAACACAAGAGUAGAAUCGACACUUUAGGUACCAAUUACCUCGUUAACACAUAUUUGGGAAUGAGCGAAGACAAAGAUAGCGGUGUGACAACCGAGUGCGUUGCAAGCAGUGAAAAUAACGGAACGCCUACCGAGACUGAAAAACAACGGGUCACGAGUGACGAAUAUUACGACGACAACGGCGACGAAGACGGUGACUACGAAUACGACGAAAAUAACGGCGGUCAACGUACCGAAGACAUUAACAUUACCAUCGAAGAAGAUAUUGAAACUGAAAUCGAAGAGUUGAGAAAUAAAAUCUAUUUUCUAGAUAAAAUCGUUAAAAUAAACAAAAAGUUGGAAAAGGAAGAAGAAAAUCUGGUGCGACUUUUCAUCAAUAUAGAACGCUGCAAAAAAGACGACAUUUCGACGACGAGCGAGAGCGCAAGCGCGUGCGUGUGCGCGUCUGACGAGUUAGGUCUACGUUACGACUUGGACAGAUUACAGAAUGAAAUUGAAAAACGUGAAAACGAAUUCGAUAACAACUGCAAAAUAUUGCAGCGUGUAGAAAAUAAUUUGGAAACUAGAAAAUAUUAUCUAAAACGACUACGCGACGACUUUUACGAUGAAACGAAUCGAUACGACUACGACUACGACUACGAUCAUCAACCUUUCGCCAGCUGCGGCGUACGCUCGAUAACCCAAAACGCGUUACCGUAUUACACUUGCGCCGCCGCCGCCGCCACCACUACCAACAAACCAGUUUUAAACACGCUCGUAUGAAACAAAAAAAUUCAGGCAACAACUCGGCGCGGCCGCGUCUCGCAGUAAAUACACCGUUCGACGAUCGUCGUUGAACGUUAAACCGUCCGAUAACCAAUAAAAAAUAAAGUACCGAGCGACGCGGAUAGGUGUAAACGGACCUACGAACUUACGAACCACGAACCCAGUCACCACUUCACCAGUGUCUCGGAGCAACACGUAGGUAUACGGCGGUAUAUGUGUAGGCUACGCAAAUAGGUACGCAAUACCAACUACCCAGCCAAUGUACGUAGACGUAGGCCUACGUAUUUCGUAAGUGUAGUAGGCUAAACAAUCGCCGACGAAUUAAACAUUUUUCUCGAAUCUCGAUAUUACUCGUACGUAGCAGCGGCGCGGCGCGGCGGAGUCAUUCGCUUUCGUAAGUAGGUAAUCACGUCUUGGAAUCGUGGAAUCGUAUGUACCUACUUAUACUCGUAUAACGCGUAGCUGGCGCGGAGAUGGAAAUUUGCUCAUGUUUCGCGUAUUCAACCCCUAGUCACUAUCUUAGAUUAUACGUAAAUAUGUAAUAGCGUUUAGGCGACAGUACAAAUUAUAUCUACAUACCUACCUAAAACAGAAUAUUGUUUGUUCAACAGGUAUUAAGUAUGUACGUGACAAAUACUGUUCAGGUAUACCUAUAAUUCUAUAAUGUAAUACGUUAUCACCAAAGAUGAUCAAGUUUUGUAAAUAAAAUAUCACUCGAAUUGUUUUAAUAAA